AUGAACUCAUAUAGUACCUAUACGCCGGAUGCUAUCUGCAACGGUAUCUUCAUCGUCGACGGCGUGAUUGGGUCCUCCCCGGAUAUCUGCGAGGCACCUGAGACUAACUUCUCCAUCGAUCAAUGCGGAACGGACAUGACCUUUAUCGAUGAAGGGCCGGAAUUCUUCGACAAGUGUGGCUUCCAACUGGAGAUUGCGGGCAAGAAGUAA